UAGAAUUGAAAUAGGAAGGCCUUCCACACUUAAAAUGGACACCUCCCGAUGGCAUAGAAGUCUGAACCCGAACCCCCGGAUUCUGAUCUCACAGACAGACACAAGUGCAGAGCAGAGUGAGGAGGUUCAGACGCUUUUAAAUGUGGACUCUGGAUUGUAAUACCAAUAAAUUUUUCUGAAUCUCUUGUGAAGUUCUUCACAAGAAGUUACAACCCAAUCACUAAUCAACCCUCCUUCCACUUCCCUUCCCUCUUCUCUCAUCAGUCAAUCCCGUUUUGGGUUUGGAUCUACACUUUUAUUUGAACUCUACCAAACGGGGCCAUUGUCUCUGCAAACAGUACCUUAUCAGUGAAUGGCAAUGGAUUCUUGCUGUGCCGCCAUGAAAGCUAAUGUCCACGCAGUGCAAGGUAGGAGAGGAGAUUAUGGGUUUUGGGGAGAGAGAAUAAGGGGGAGUCUGAAGAGCAAUGUUUUGGGUACUCAGUUAUGGAAAACCUUUAGGGCUGAAAACAGAGACUCCAAGGUUAAACCUGGGAUGGUUUUCUCUGUUCUUACAUCAGAUAUUUACAAAGAACUUCUGACGUUUGAGGCACCAUCAUUUGAGUAUCCAAAAGUAGAACCGGGGAAUGUAGCCUCGAUCAUAUGGGGUGGAGGCCCCGGGACUCGCCUCUUUCCACUCACCAGCAGAAGAGCUAAGCCAGCUGUUCCAAUUGGAGGUUGUUACAGGCUAAUUGAUGUGCCCAUGAGUAAUUGCAUCAACAGUGGCAUAAGAAAGAUUUUCAUCCUCACUCAGUUCAAUUCUUUUUCCCUCAAUCGUCAUAUUGCUCGCACGUAUAACUUGGGAAAUGGUAUCACCUUUGGGGAUGGUUUCGUGGAGGUUUUGGCUGCCACCCAAACACCGGGAGAAGCUGGAAAAAAAUGGUUCCAAGGAACAGCAGAUGCUGUGCGGCAAUUCACAUGGGUAUUUGAGGAUGCCAAGAACAAGAAUGUGGAGAACAUAUUGAUUUUGUCUGGUGAUCAUUUCUACAGGAUGGAAUAUAUGGACUUUGUGCAGAAGCAUAUUGAUACACACGCUGAUAUCACGGUAUCAUGUGUCCCCAUGGAUGCUAGCCGAGCAUCGGAUUAUGGACUGAUGAAAAUUGACAAAACGGGACGUAUUAUCAACUUUGCUGAGAAACCAAAAGGCCCUGCACUGAAACAAAUGCAAGUUGACACCUCUGUUCUCGGACUCUCUGAGAAAGAUGCUGCAAACUACCCUUACAUUGCAUCAAUGGGUGUUUAUGUGUUUAGAACUGAUGUCUUACUAAAGCUUUUGAGGUGGAGGUACCCUACAAGCAAUGACUUCGGCUCUGAAAUCAUUCCUUCCGCUGUGUCUGAUCAUAAUGUCCAGGCAUAUUUAUUCAAGGACUACUGGGAGGACAUUGGGACAAUAAAGUCUUUCUUUGAUGCCAACUUGGCCCUUACAGAACAGCCUCCAAUGUUUGACUUUAAUGACCCGAAGACACCUUUCUUUACCUCUCCUAGGUUCUUGCCACCGACUAAAAUGGAAAAAUGCAAGAUUGUGGAUGCCAUAAUUUCACACGGUUGCUUCUUGCACGAAUGUAAUGUCCAGCACUCCAUAGUGGGUAUUCGUUCGCGCUUAGAGACGGGUGUUGAGCUUCAGGAUACGAUGAUGAUGGGUGCAGACUACUAUCAAACUGAAUCUGAAAUUGCAUCUCUGUUAGCGGAGGAAAAGGUUCCCAUUGGUGUUGGACGGAAUACCAAGAUCAGGAAUUGCAUAAUUGACAAGAAUGCCAAGAUAGGAAGAGAUGUGAUCAUUGCAAAUACAGAUGGUGUUGAGGAAGCAGAAAGACCAGAUGAAGGAUUCUACAUUAGAUCCGGGAUCACAGUGGUACUGAAGAAUGCAACUAUUAAAGAUGGAACCAUCAUAUGAAAUCUUGUCCAGUGAAAACCUCUGGUUCUGGUUUACAGCUUUAGUCUUUUUUGCAAUAAGAUGUCAUUAAAAGGGUUGCUCCUAUAUGUAAAUUAUGACUUUUUUUUUUCACGUAUGUAAGAAGGGAUUUUGAGAUGUAGUUUAACAGUGUAGUUUCAGAAUAAAUCAAAGAGUACUUUGCUUUUA